UGGGGGCGUGUUAUCUCCUGGGCACGCUCAAUAGCCUACUUAUCAGCUGAAUUUAACGCACUUUUCCUCCUUCGCGGUUGGCAUUUGUACCUGCAUGAUGGCGCUUCAAUCUAGACCUCUUGUUGCUUCGAAGUGGCUGGCCGAAGCCCUGAAGUGUCAGCAGACCGUACCCAAGAUGCGCGUUGUGGACGCUUCUUGGUUCUUGCCCAAACUCCGGCGCAACGCUAAAAGCGAGUUCAAAAAGAAGCACAUUCCUGGCGCAGCGUUCUUUGACAUCGACCAAUGUUGCGAUAAAACAUCUCCCCUGGAUCACAUGCUUCCCUCCGAGAAUGCUUUUGCAGAUUACGUGGGGAACUUGGGUGUGGAGAACGACACACACGUCGUGGUAUACGACGCAAGCGAUUUCGGUGUGUUCUCUGCGCCCCGCGUGUGGUGGAUGUUCCGGGUGUUUGGGCACAGUUGGGUCUCGGUUCUGAACGGGGGACUCAAGAACUGGGAGUUGGAAGGACUUCCAUUGAGUGACAAGUACACCAGACCAGAAGCGACCGAGUUCAGGGCGUCUUUGAACCGCUCCUGGGUGAAGACGUACGAAGAUAUCCUGGAGAACCUGGAGACUAAGAGGUUCCAGGUGGUGGAUGCUAGGCCCUCAGGGAGGUUCCGUGGAGUCGACCCCGAACCUAGAGACAACACCGAACCCGGCCACAUCCCAGGCUCCCUCAGCAUGCCCUUCCACUCCUUCCUGUCUCCGUCAGGUCACUUCCUGUCCCAGGACGACCUCCAGGCGCUGUUCGCCCGUGCGGGCGUGGAUCUGUCGCGGCCGCUCUCCGUGACCUGCGGCUCGGGCGUCACGGCGUGCCAGGUGGCGCUGGCGGCUCACGAGUGCGACCACCCCGGCGUGGCGGUGUACGACGGGGCGUGGUCAGAGUGGUACACCCGCGCCGUGCCCGAGCACGUCCUCUCGGAGGGGCGGGGCAAGCACCUGUGAUUGGUGGAGGAGGAAGUGCGAGUUGGGGGGGCUAGAACCUGUGAUUGGUGGAGGAGGAAGUGCGAGUUGGGGGGGGCUAG